AUGAAUGAAAAAAGAAAUUAUAUGAAUAAAACUUAUAAAAAUAAUAACAUAGAAUUAAGUGAAAGUCAAAUAAAUCAGAGGAUAAAAAAUAUAAAUUUAACAAAACGUUUAAUAUGUUAUGAGAGAUAUUUAAAAGCAAUACCAAAAAUUGAAAGAAGAAAUGAUUUAAAAAAUAGUUGGCAUCCUGAAACUCCUCGAUAUAAUAAACAAAUAAGUUUAUCUCAGUGGAAUAAGGAAUUAAAAAAAUGGAGAAAACAAAUACAUGCAUGGGGAAAUAUAUCAGAAGAAGAUCAUGGAUAUAUAUGUAAAUUAUCUAAUAUUGAUAAAUAUAAAUAUUUAUGUAAUUUAAAAAUUCCUGAAUUAAGUAAUAUAGAAAUUAAAAAUAUGAAAAAAGAAAAUGAAGAAAUAUCACAUGACAUAUUAAAACAUAUUUUAUUAAUUCAAAAUAAACAUACUAACUAUUUUGAUGAAAAUAAUAAAAUAAUGUAUCAACCUAUAUUUUUUCUUCCCCAGAAUUUUAGUGGUACUGUUAUACAUAAUGAGUUUGUUAUAAUAAAAGAACAGAACAUGGAAAAAUAUUUAACCUUACUUAAAGAUAAAUACAAAGAUAAAUAUAAUUAUUCCUUUAAAAAAUAUUAUGAAUUAUAUCUAAUAAAUAAGGACAGUCAUAAUAAAAAUGUUGAGUAUUCCAAAGAUACUAUUUCAGAAAAUGCAAAAAAUCAUAUUGUUAUAUAUUUAGGAAGGGAAAAAAAAACUUUAAAUGAUAAAAAUAAAGCAGCUGAAUAUGAACAGAAAAAAAAAAUGGAAGCCUAUAACUUUUUAUGUGGUUCUACCAAGAAAUAUACAAAUGAUAAUAAAAUGAAUAAAAGGAAGAAAUUUUAA